GAUCAACAAUUGUCAACAAAAAAGAUAAAAAGGUCUUGCAAAGAAUUCUUUUUUAAUAACUUUUCUUUUCAUUAAUAAUGUUUGGAAAAAAACAUUUUACUUUUGGGGACAUUCCUGACUUAUCCAGAAAAGUGGCAAUUGUCACUGGCGGAAACACAGGAGUUGGGUACAUUACAGCAAGAGAAUUAGCUCGUAAAAACGCUCACGUAUUCGUUGCAAGUCGUAGUAAAGAACGUGGUGAAACUGCAGUUGAAAAUAUCAAAAAAGAAACCGGAAAUAAUCAAGUGGAGUAUUUACAUUUGGAUUUAGUUAGCCUUAAAAAUGUAAAACAAUCCGCUGAAAAUUUUCUUGCGAAAAAUUUACCAUUGCAUAUUCUUGUCAAUAAUGCUGGAAUUAUGGCUACUGCAUGGACAUUAACUGAAGAUGGAAUUCAAGACCAAUUUGGUGUGAAUCACGUUGGACAUUUUCUUUUCACACAGACUCUUCUUCCUAAAAUUGAAGCUUCAGCGCCUUCUCGUAUCGUGAACGUCAGCAGUUAUGCUCAUUUUAAUGCACCUGCUGCGGGAAUUGAAUUUGACAAAAUUAAUCAAGAAAAUGCACAAUCAACUUUUCAACGUUAUGCUGUAUCAAAACUUGCCAACAUUCUUUAUUCAAAUUCAUUAGCAAAGCGACUUGAAGGCAAAGAAGUUUAUGUUAAUUCAAUUCAUCCAGGAUUUGUUAAAACUGAAUUAAGUAGAGGAAUAGUCGAUACUUAUGGAAUCGUUGCAAAAUAUUUCUUUAAUUUUGCUAGUUUAUUUGCAAAAUCACCUGAAGAUGGCGCCUUGACACAAUUAUACGCUGCUACAAGCCCUGAAAUUAUUGAAAAAAAUUAUCGUGGAAUGUAUUUUGUACCAUCUGGUGAAAUCGGAAAAAGAAGCGAGGAAUCUCAAAAUGAUGAACUAGCUGAAAAAUUAUGGAAGUAUACUGAAGAUUUAGUUAAUGAAAAAUUACAUUCUUAACAGAAUAGAUAUUUGAAAUAAUAUUAUUUUACUUAUUCUUAUAUUGUAAUAAUAAGAGAAAGCUCUAAAGAUUAUUUAUAUCAGUAAUUUUUUUGUAUUUAUUUUCCUACAAUUUCGAUUCUUGAAAGAAAUAAUAUAUUUUUG